UCUAUUUUCAAUAUUACAUGCGUGCAUCGAGAACGUUAUUAACUAGUGGUCUAGCUAAAUCCUACGCAGUGUGAUAAUGGAAACCUGGUUCAUCAUUCUUGCUUUUCUCUGCAUCGCCUUCUCCCUCAAAUCGCUCCUCAAUCUGCUCCGAUCUUCUCCCUCCCGCCGGAAAAUCAAGAACCUCCCGCCGGGGCCCACAAACGUCCCCAUCAUCGGAAGCUUUCAGUGGCUCCGGCGAUCUUUAGCGGACAUCGAAAAAAUUCUCCGGGAGCUCAGAUCUGAGUAUGGUCCGCUUAUCACUCUCCGAAUUGGGCCUAAUCCGGCAAUCUUUGUCGCCAGCCACAGUCUCGCUCACCAGGCUUUGGUUCAGAACGGCGCCGUCUUCUCCGACCGACCCAAAGCCACGGCCACCAGUAGAGUUUUGUCGAGUAAUCAGUGUAAUAUCAGCUCUGCUCCGUAUGGCCCCACGUGGCGGCUCCUCCGCCGCAACCUCACCGCCGAGAUUCUCCACCCUUCCCGGAUAAAGUCUUAUUCCAGGGCGCGCAACUGGGCUUUGGGUAUACUCUUGGAGAAGCUCGGAAAACAUGGCGAAUCCGGGGAGGGUGUGAAGUUGAUAGAUCACUUUCAGUACACGGUGUUUUGCCUCUUAGUGCUGAUGUGCUUCGGGGAUAAGCUGGAAGAGGGGAAAAUCAAGGAAAUUGAGAAAGUUCAGAGGAAAUUGCUUCUAGGUUUCAGGCGAUUCAACGUUCUCAAUUUCUUCCCGAGGAUUGGGAGAAUCAUUUUCCCCGGUCGCUGGAAAGAAUUGAUGGAAACCCGGCAAGAACAGGAGCGAAUCUUCGUUCCCCUAAUUCACGCCCGAGCUCGGUCCAAAAAUGGCGAAAGCCGUAGUGAUGAAGAAGUUGUGGCGUAUGUGGACUCGCUCUUGGCCCUGGAGUUGCCGGAGGAAAAGAGAAAGCUCAACGACGGGGAGAUUGUUGGCCUUAUCAGUGAGUUUCUCAGCGGGGGAACGGAUACAACGGCCACCGCGUUGCAGUGGAUCAUGGCCAAUUUAGUUAAGAAUCCGGAAAUUCAGGAAAAACUGUACCGAGAAAUAUCCACUGUCUUGGAGCCGCUGCUACAGAACUCACCGGACAGGAAAAUUGUCCGGGAGGAAGACCUAACCGAAAUGCGGUACUUAAAAGCGGUGGUCCUAGAGGGUCUCCGGCGCCACCCGCCCGGCCACUUUGUGCUGCCGCACACGGUGACCGAGGAGGCGGAGCUGAACGGCUACACCAUCCCCAAAAACGCCGCCAUCAACUUCAUGGUGGCAGAGAUGGGGUUGGACCCGAAGGUCUGGGACGACCCAUUAGAGUUUAAGCCCGAGAGAUUCUUGACCGGCAGCCAGAACGAAGGUGCCGGUCAAGAAAUGUUUGACAUAACAGGGAGCAGAGAAAUAAAAAUGAUGCCAUUCGGAGCAGGUAGAAGAAUUUGUCCGGGCUGGGGUUUAGCCAUGCUACAUCUCGAGUAUUUUCUAGCAAAUCUGGUUUGGCAUUUCGAAUGGAGAUCUGUUGAAGGAGAAAAAGUGGAUCUUGAAGAAGAACUAGAGUUCACCGUUGUGAUGAAGAAUCCUCUUCGUGCUAAACUUCGUCUAAGAUCCUCUCAGUCUUAGAAUAUUCACUUCUGUCGGGUAAAUUUAUAAGUACGUGUUACCAAUAUAAUUAUGCAUGUUUUCUAUUUUCUAAUGUGCAUGCACUGUAUUGUACGUGUUUAUGUUGGAAUACUACUGCAUAUGGUUUGUGUUUAGACACUUUAUACAGUUACUCUGUACAAGUGGUUUUUG